GUUUUUUGUUUCUGUUGCAGGGCAAACGGUAAACUUGAUUCAAGAUGCACUUCGCUGGUGUCACGGUUUUUGCAAUUUGCAUGUUCGGUUUCCUGCUUCAAGAAAUGUCCUUGCAGGCGAAUGCUGUUCGUUUUCCACUACGCGAAUCAGAGUAUGACGAUUUUUUGGACUAUUUGUCGGAUUAUUCUCGAGAUGACUCGUCAGAAUCCGCUGAACAUUUUGGCGAUCAUCAUCCUCAGCGUUGGCCUGGUCGUAAUGUGGAUCAUCAUCCUGAGGAUUGGCCUGGUCAUAAUGUGGAUCAUCAUCCUGAGGAUUGGCCUGGUCAUAAUGUGGAUCAUCAUCCUGAGGAUUGGCCUGGUCAUGAUGUGCAUGCUGCCGGCGAAGGAUCGGCAGGGAAUAAAAUUGGCUGGCUGCUGACUGAUUCCCACGAAACCGAUUGCUGGAAAGAAGCAGCAAAAUUAGCAUUGGAAGGCUCGAAGAUCGAGAUGGUUUUUGCUCGAGAUUCAGCAGCCAAUGAAAUCGAGAAACUUUCGUGGGAGUUGGAUUUAUCGCGGAAGUUCAAAAUUCUGCAAAAAUCCGGAAUCAAGAUCUUCGUUGGAUUGGAAGACCACGAUUCCGCAAAAAUACUGCUUCAUCAGCAGAAUGUGAAAUUCGUUUCACCAUUUGCAACGUCGCCAUUCGUCCGCGGACACCCGUCGGUUCUGGGAUUGUCACCGUCGAGUUUCCAGAUUUCCGGCACCAUUUUAUCAAAAACACGACACCUUUCUUACUCUGAACUGCUUCCUGUCGUUAGUCGCGGGCGGAAAGACGUCAUCGACGACCUGAAGAACAUCAGCGCCAUUUUUGGAUUUCGGCUCUUGGAGCCAAUCAUUAUCGACGAUUUUGAAAAGUUGCGGGAUGAGCUGGUGAUGAGACUGUGGGACAACCCAAACGCAGACAUUUACUUCGACUCCAAACCGCAUUUUGCGCCAUUUCUCGAGUCCCUGGACUCGGAACUCGGGGACCCGAUUGCCAGUCGCACCCUUUACUCACCCAAUGCUCUGUUCUUCAACUACGACGCGGAGCUCGUCACUCGACAGGUGAACAACGUGACGGACGUGCGAUUGCUGAAGCGACGCUAUGAAACGCUGACGAGAAUGCGGACGCAUUCUUACGCAUUCCUCGGAGGAGAGGAUUACGCGUCGAGCGUCAGGAGGAAAUUGAUGUCGAGUCUGAAUUCCGGUGACAUCGACGGCAAGUGUUCCGUGACGGCGUGCUUGGUCUUCGACGCGGUUUUGGCUGCUCGGAAGCUACUAGAGAAUCCUGAAAUCGACGGGGAAUUCCAGCAACAGCAGAAAAGUGAUGACUCAUCAACUGAAAUGAAAUUCGAAGGGGCGACUGGAAAAGUCACGAUUUCCCCCAAGGACUCAUCGGCAUCGAGAACCGGAAAGGACUUGCUACUCCGUGUUUACGCCGUAGAUCCUGGUUCUUAUUACGCCGUCAGUGGCACAAGAUUGGCUCAAAAAUCUCCCUGGAUUCUCGACGGCACUGUCGCAAGUGUCGAUGGUUCAACGAAACGGAAUUCCACGAUUCCUCAACAAUCGGUCAGUCCCACCAACGCCGACACGAAGACUUUGUUUCACGAUGAGAAAGGUAUCUUCAACGAAACCUUCGUUGGACAAGAAAUCUCGUCUGAAAAUGUCAGAACCCAUUCGUCAGUGGACAUCGUCGACAAGGCAUCACUCGUCAACAGGAUCUCUCAGGCAAUUAGUGUCGGAAUAUGUUCCAAGUCGGAGGCCAGCCGAGUGACAGUGUCUUUCCUGGUGUCGGAUCCACUGUCGUACUCGAAGUCACAAGUCAAUUUCAGUCUGGACGCCGUCGACGACUCACCGAACAGCACUUUCCCGGUUUCGGUAUUCGUUCCAAUUGCAAAUGGAUACGAAAUGCGGGUCACUUGCGGACGAGUGCGGUUGAUCGUCGUUUGUCCCGGGAUCGACUCGAAAUUGAAUCACAGAUGUUUGCACGACGUUGAGAUUUUGCCGGACACAGAUUCGGGUGAUGAUUCGGAAAUUGCGGCCAGACCGAGGUCGAAGCGAGAAGUGAGCCGGUUUCUCAGCGAUAAAAUAUUUUUGCACGCGAUGCGGAGACAAAAGGCAUUGGAUGACCGCCGAGGUCAAUCGAAGAUGAUGACGAGAAGAAUUUCGAGGUUUCCAUCAAAGGCCAGGUCGUCCGACCGAUUUCAGCGAAGAACGGAUAUGUACCACCAAGGAUCGGUUUACGAAAGAAUAGGAAAGCCACCUGGCUACAUUUCCAGAUUGUUGGGGUAUUCAGCAGCAAAUAUUUUGGCAUGCAUGGGCAAAACAGCGGGUUGCAUGGUGUGCAUCAGCUACCGGUCAGCAAUCGACAAGAGCAGUGUCAGUUGCAUCGCUGCUUGCGCUUCUAUCGGCUCCACGUGCUCCAUUGCAGCUGGACGCGUGAUGGCCCAGUACAACGUCGACAACAGCGUCAUUUGCACCGAGCUUUUUUCCCAGGGAAGGCUUGAUGCUUCUUCUUACCUCAUUGACGCCGGAUUCGGAGCCAGGCUGAUGGAAACAGACCCGCAUGUUCUGAUGGGUUACAGAGCCCUGGCAUCACCAAUUGUUGCCGGAAUGCAGUUCUCUGACAGCUUCACCGACAUCGUGGAAAAUUUAGCCCAACCUUGGUUCAAUUACAUGAGACUUGCUGAAGGACAUGCAACUAAAAACGACGCGAAGGAUGGAGAAAAUAUCGUGGGCAGAUUUUUCAUCCGCUGCGGCUUGGUCCUCUGCUCAGUUGUCGGAAAUUGUUGCUCAACUCUCUUGGCAAUCCACAGCGCCGUAUCAAAAAUGAUGGCUCAUUUCCUUUGA